CACAUAAUGCUAUCACAAUUGACAACAAAACGUUAUUGUCAGAGCGGGUGUUUUAAAAGAAAACGAUUGUUUUUCAUAAUAUUUUGCUUUUUUGUGAUUACAAAAUAAAAUGAGUAAUAAAAGUUCUCCACUUCAUGCACGUUUUAAAGGUUUGACUACACGUAGUCCUGCUUUAAGUAGUGUAGGAAUGCCGGGAACGCCAAAAAUAGCAGCAUCAAACCUGCGUCAUAAAAACAUGAGUAAAUUAAAUGUACCAGACCGAGCGCGUCGAUUAUUAAAAAAUGCUGAACAAAAUUCAGAAAGUCAAUUAUUAAAUACAGGAUUUAGUAAAUAUUCUUUUGGCUCUGCACAACGCUUAAAACCUAAAUCUACAACAGUAAAUGCAUGUUCCACUCCUUCGUCAUUACAUCGGGGUGCCCUAUCUACACCAAGUAGUGUACUUGGUCGAAACAGUGUUAAUACUCCGCAAAGUAGUCGUAAAUCAGCUUCUAUUAAAACAGCAACAAAAUCAUUAACAUGCAAUAAUUUGGAAGAUAAUACUGAGAUCAGUAAUCUUACAGUGGCGGUACGCGUGCGCCCUUUAAAUAUUUUAGAAUGUGCUCGCAAAUGCGUUACAAAUGUAGUAAGAGUUGAUGGAACCGAACUCACUGUAUUAGCUGGUACUACAGCUGAUUCAUCUGCUGGUGUAACACAUUCAUUCACCUACGAUCAUGUAUUUCAUUCUUGCGAUCCAGAAAGUUUGGAAUACGCUUCACAGCAAGAUGUUUUCGUUGAGACUACAGAACCAUUGAUAACUCGUGCUUUCGAAGGUUAUAAUGCUUGUCUAUUUGCUUAUGGGCAGACAGGCUCUGGUAAGUCUUAUAGCAUGAUGGGUGUUGAAGCUUUAGAUGAUGAUGCUUUAGACGGAGGUGCUCCGCAUCCAGAGGCUGGUAUUAUUCCACGUUUUUGUCAUGAACUAUUUCGUCGUAUUGAAUCAGUUAAAGACACAUUACAAGCAGAAAUUGAAGUCAGUUAUUUUGAAAUAUAUAAUGAGAAAAUACAUGAUUUACUAUGCGUUGCUGAAGCUGCACAACAUACUUCAUGGGGCGCUAGUACACCUGUACAUCGCAAGGGACUCAAAGUACGUGAGCAUCCUAAUUGGGGACCAUACGUGGUUGAUUUAAGUGCACAUCCAGUCGAUUCAUAUAAGGCUUUGCGUAACUGGCUUGCGGUAGGCAAUUCACAACGUGCCACAGCAGCUACAGGCAUGAAUGAUAAAAGCUCUCGUUCUCAUUCUAUAUUUAAUAUUGUACUAAACAUAACUGAAAUGAGCGAUAUAUCUUCAAGUUCUUCAGAAACUUCGUUGAAGGCAGAUGCACAGACCCGUGCAAUACAGCAAACACGACGCAGCAAAAUCAGUCUAGUCGAUUUGGCUGGCAGUGAACGUAUUAACACUUCCAAUACAAAUGGGGAACGCAUACGUGAAGGUGUAUGCAUAAACAAAAGCUUGCUCACUCUGGGCAAAGUUAUCGCAGCUCUGGCGGAUGCUAAAAAGAAUAAUGGUAAUUCCACACUUUUUGUGCCAUAUCGUGAAAGUGUGCUGACAUGGCUUUUGCGGGUGAGUGCUUUUCAUUAUUUUUACUUUUAA